AGAUCUUGAUGCUCUUAUUACGAUAACUAAUGAUGAGGAUAUUGAGAACAUGAUGGAUGAGUAUGACAGGUUAGCGCAGAAUCACGCGCCUCAUUCUAAAUUGGCUCGGCUUCGGCUAUUUUUAUUUCCAACUGAUGCUGAUUCGAGAAAUAGUAGUAUUAGCUCGCUUAGCUCACUUCUUACUGGCUCGGCUAAGCGGGAGCAUUGGUUUUUUGAUGCCUUAAAUGGGCGGGAUGCGUCGGGUUUGGAUCGGGUCGGGUCUGAGGUAUCGUCGAUUGUAUCCGAAGUCCCGGAUUAUCUUUUUGGAUUGGAGAAUGCGGAUGACCCGACCCGGUUGAAGACCCGACGUGUUUUGAAUGAUAAUGCGUCGAAUUCGGAUCCGGGCUCUCCUGCUCCAAUUGUGUCGUCGCCGUUUUGCUCAACUUCGUCGGGUUUGGGACCGACUUAUAUGCCGCCUCCGGAUCUUCGACCCGUUAAGACCCGACCCGAAAUGCAAGUUUUUGAACCGAAACAAAGUCCGGUAGAGGCUAACGAAAGCAUGGACCCGAAGUUUGUACAACAACCCGGGUACGGUGACAACCCGAUGUGGCAUUAUGGACCAGGUGGGCAGUACCCGAACCCGGGAGUACAAAACAUGCCCAUGUAUUACCUUCCCGGUUCAGGUCCCCAACCCGGAAACAUUGGCAUUCAGCAGGUACCAAUGCAGGCACAGUUUGUGCAAAGAUAUUCAGCGGGUCACAAUCAAAUACCCGUGGGGCUCCAUCAGCAAAACCCGGGUAUGGGUCCAGUCCCGGGCAUGGGUCAGGUGUAUGCAAGAGAAAGGACAAUGAAUCCAUAUGAUGUUAGAAGAACUCCAAGUGGAGUGAGCCAACCACAACAAGUGUACUAUGAGGUAGGAAAUGCAGGUGCAAUUCCAGUGUAUUCAAGAAUGGUUGGUCCAGGUGGUGAAGAGAUCCAGGCAGCAGGAAAUGAAUUGAAUCCUGGUCGGGUACUACAAUAGUCGCUUAUCAAUUACAUAAACGUAA